AAUAAACAGCUGAUGUGUGUGUGCUUGCUUUGUAAAUAAAUUAAAUGUUUUCCAAAAAUAUUCACAUUGUCAAAUACAAUAAUCAUGAAAGUAUUUACUAUCAAUGAUAUCCCGGAGUUUUCUAAAAAGGAGCGAAUAGUUGUAGUAGGUGUUAUUGGGAAGUCGCCGUACCGGUAUCCCAACAAAACAACCCCACUUUUGCCGAACGUAUCUACGGAUGAGAAUGGCAUCGAAUGCCACUGGGAAGAGCGCCGUGGCGUGCUCAUUCUCCACGCAGUCACGUAUCUAGACACAAAGCGGCUGGCGGAGCUGGCUGCGACCCUCGAUGAGAACUCCAAAAGCACUGACAAGGACGCCGACGCCGCCCACUGGCUGGUGGCCUCAGGGGAGCUGGCAGCCGAGUCCUGCCGCGCCAUCGCGCUACUGUUCCACUUGUGCCAUAUAGUGGUGCUCUCGUCGCCUACCCAUGUCUUUGAUCUGGGAUACAUCCAGCUGUUUAAGGCUAUUGAUGCUUUCAGGACAGAGUUGGCCCCAAAAACAACUGCAGCAUUUGCAGACCUUGGUCUGGGUGGAGCCUGGGAGACCCACGGCCGGACUUGCUGCCCCCGGCUGCUGUUCCACUUCAGGAGAGCCCCCACCCCCCUCAGGAGGGUGCCAGCUGGAUUAAAGAGGCUUGAGCAUGCUGUGGAGGAUCAGCUUUAUUUCAUUUUGAGGAAGGCUCGCAUUAUUACUAAUGUUUGUGCCAAAUCGCUGUUCGCCAUCCCCAAAAACGAGGAGUUUGUGUACAUUAACGCGGACGACCCGGGCUGCGCGCGUGACGUCAGCUCGCUCGUGCGCGGGCUCGUCGAGCUGUGCCACGGCGCGGAGCCCGAGCCGCCGGCGGAGCGGCCCGGCUUCAGGCAGUUCCUGCAAGGGCAUAUAGACCUAGCCUUUAGUGAGGGCUUCGAUGACAAUGUGGGGAAGUACGCGAUGAGCACUUCGUUCUUUGAGCUGCCAAGUGCGUCUGCCUGGCGGUCCGCGGCGCAGGCGCUGACUCCACUAUACUUGGAGGAAGACGGCGAUCAAGACGCAGGCGGCGCUCUUUUUGACGCGCUCGCCACUGAUGUUCGGUUCUCGCAGGCGAGGUGUGCCAAGGUAAUGGAUUCGUUUAAUUGGAAUUCGGCCAACGAGGAUGCACUAUGA